CGGCAAGAGAAAUGUACAGCAAAAGAGGGUGGAGCACUUUAGUUUGGUACUGGAAAUGACAAACUCAAGAUGGUCGCUACACGAGUUGUUAAUGGAUUCGGCUGGACAAAGGACCAGGGGUCGACACACACAGCAGACAUGGCAGACGCAGAAGAUUUGAAGAAGCCCAGAAAGAAGGGGGCAACUAUCUUUGGCUACCCGAUAAGCAUCUUUUUCAUUGUGGUCAAUGAAUUCUGCGAACGUUUCUCCUACUAUGGCAUGCGAGCCGUACUGGUGCUGUACUUCAAGUACUUCCUCAAGUGGGAUGAUGACCUGGCCACCUCUAUCUACCAUACCUUCGUGGCUCUGUGCUACCUGACACCCAUCCUGGGGGCCAUUGUGGCUGACUCAUGGCUUGGCAAGUUCAAGACCAUUGUCUACCUGUCCAUCGUUUACACGGUGGGGCAGGUCAUCAUGGCGGUGAGCGCUAUCCAUGACAUCACAGACACAAACAGGGACGGGACCCCUGACAACAUGACCUUCCACGUCGCCCUGUCCAUGGUUGGUUUGGCCCUCAUUGCCCUGGGAACAGGAGGCAUCAAACCCUGCGUGGCUGCCUUUGGUGGAGACCAGUUUGACGACAGCCAGGAGAAGCAGAGAAGCACCUUCUUCUCCAUCUUCUACCUGUCCAUCAACGCUGGCAGCCUGCUGUCCACUGUCAUCACCCCCAUCCUCAGAGCCCAAGAGUGUGGUAUUCACGCCAAGGAGAAAUGCUACCCACUGGCCUUCGGUGUCCCUGCUGCCCUCAUGGUGGUAGCUUUACUUGUGUUCAUUCUUGGAAGCGGGAUGUACUACAAGGCUGCCCCUAAAGGCAACAUCCUUCUGGAGGUCUGCAAGUGCAUCGGGUUUGCCAUCAGUAAUCGCUUUAAGAAUCGUCGCUCUAAUAUCAAGAAGGCGCACUGGUUGGACUGGGCUGAGGACAGAUAUGAUAAACUUCUGAUCGCCCAGGUGAAGAUGGUGGUGAAGGUGCUGUUCCUCUACAUCCCUCUGCCCAUGUUCUGGGCUCUGUUUGAUCAGCAGGGCUCAAGAUGGACCCUGCAGGCCACCACCAUGGAUGGUGACUUUGGUAUCAUGACAGUCCAGCCCGAUCAGAUGCAGACUGUCAACCCCAUCCUGAUCCUGGUUAUGGUGCCAGUAGUGGACAGCGUCAUCUACCCACUGAUUGCUAAGUGCAAAAUCAACUUCACUCCAUUGAAGAAGAUGACUGUAGGGAUGUUUAUGGCUGCACUGGCUUUCGUUUCUGCUGCCCUGGUCCAGAUACAGAUCGAUAAAACCCUGCCUACAUUCCCAUCCAGCACUGAAUCCCAAGUGAAGCUCAUCAACAUGAUGGACACGACGACGACCGUCACUAUUGGAUCCGAAACACUGAACAUGGCCCCUCUCUCGUCCUCUGAGGAAUACCUGACAUUUAAAGAACCAUUUCAUCUGACUGUGGGAGCUACCACACAUGUAAUAUCACUGGAAAAAGGCACCCGAAACACCCAAAUUGUCUUCAGGGAAGAGGGAAAUGUCAGCACUAGAACGUUCCUUGACAUUGCAUCAAAACCGGAGCAGGGUGCUAAUGCUAUCAGAUUUGUAAAUGGUUUCCACUCAGAUUUGAACGUGACAGUGGGUUCGCUGGACACUGGGAUUAUUGAGCCCUACAACGUGUCAGAAUAUUUAAUGGUAUCGAAGGGAAAUCCACAGUUCCGCAUCAAGAAUAACGCGGGCGAGUGUGUCUACACCCAGACGCUGGGUUUCGGCAGCUCCUACACCUUGAUCAUCCCUUCAGAUUUCACAUUUGCAAACUGUGAACAGAGCAUUAAGGCAGUUAUGGACAUCAGUCCUAACACCGUCCACAUGGCCUGGCUGAUUCCUCAGUAUUUCCUCAUCACCGCAGGGGAGGUGGUCUUCUCUGUCACCGGCCUGGAGUUCUCCUACUCGCAGGCGCCUAGCAACAUGAAGUCUGUGCUGCAGGCUGGUUGGCUGUUAACCGUUGCCGUGGGUAACAUCAUUGUACUUAUUGUUGCCGAGGCAGUGGAGCUCCCAGAACAGUGGGCCGAGUACAUCCUUUUCGCUGGUCUUCUUGUGGCGGUGUGCAUCGUGUUCGCAUUGAUGGCCUACCUCUACACCUACGUGGACCCAGCCCAGAUAGAAGCCCAGUUUGCCCAGCCGGAGCCAGAAGACAAGGAGAGGAAGAAAAGUUUGGAGAUGGAGAAGAGAGAGCUGAGAAGGAGCCAGAACAAACGACUGAAGAGCUCCAAAGCUCCCUCGCCCCUCCGGAGCAGAAACGAAAAGAGAAGGAAGGUGAAGCUCUCAAACCGACCUUCAUCCAUGUUGGCCCCCAGCUCUCCAAGGAAAGAUUCAGCCGCCAAAGAGAGCUGUUCAGGGCCAACCUGA